GCGAAAGAACGUGGUGCUCCCCGUACAGUACCCUGUUGUUUUAGUGGAAAGGGGCGUCGCAGGUUUAGAGAAAGUCCUACCUCACUUCCUGCCUCACCUUCACCUGUACAUUUACCCGAGGCACCAAUCAGAUCGCGGCGAGGCCAUCCCUACCGAUGAUCACCAAACGAGCGUCUGUGAUUGAUGAAGCAGCGUCUCCUCUUGUCCCCCCCCUGUCGGCCGUCAGGUGGGCGACCAGAUCAUCGAGAUCAACGGGGAGACGACCCGGGACAUGACCCACGCCCGAGCCAUCGAGCUCAUCAAGUCGGGGGGGCGGCGCGUGCGCCUCCUGCUGAAGAGGGGGACGGGACAGGUCCCGGAGUAUGACACUGCCCCCCCAUGGGAUGCUCACCCCUCCCCAGGCCUGCAGGAAGUAGUCCCGGCCGAGGCCCCGCCCACGUCAUCCCCCCAGCCCCGCCCGGCCCCGCCCCCUCAGCCCCCCCGGGCCCCCUCAUCCGGGCCCCAGCGCCCAGGUGGAGGAGGAGGAGGAGGGGGAGGUGCGGGCGGGGAGGAGGUCCAAGCAGCCUGACCCCGCCCCCAGGGGGGGGGCCGCCUCCUCCUGCCGGAGCAGGAGCAAGAAGGAGGGGGGCAGGGCCCCCCGCAAGUGGAGCAGAGGCCUUGGAGGAGGAGGAGGAGGAGGAGGAGGGGGGGGUAGUGGGAACAGGGGCAGGGCGGAGCCGGGGGCGCGGCCUGCCCCACGGGGCGGGGGGAGGUCAGGGGAGGACGGCGAGGCCAGAGAGCCCCCCCACUUCCUCUCUGCCAACGGCGCGGACCACGGCGCCCGCAACGGGUGCGGGGCGCCGUCGGAGCGGGAGGACCCGAGGCCCCACGCGCCCGUGGCCCCGGCCCGGUCCCAGGGGGGCCCGGAGAAGGAGAGGGCGCCCAGGGGCAGGGGCGCCGGGCGUGGAGGAGGAGGUGGAGGAGGUGGAGGAGGUGGAGGGGGUGGAGGGUCCGUCAGGAAGGCGGCCGUGUCCCCCGGCCUCUGGAAGAUCCCCGGCUCGGACAAGCUCCCCGGGGCGCUGCGGUCGGGCCCGCCCCCCCUGAGCAGUUAACCCCUGACCCCUGACCCCCUGCCGGGCGAGGGUCCGGGGGGGGCAGCAGACCUGGAUCUAGAGCGGUACUUACAUCCCCCCCCCCCCCCCCCCCCCCUCCUCUCUGCCUCCCCCCCCCACCAGCCCCUCUCCUCCUCUUGGUGCAAAACGUGACUGAGAGAGGAUGGGGGGGGGGACAUGUGGGGGGAGGGGGGGUCAUGGAGCCUAUUUUUUUAUUUAUGAAGAUGAACUCUAAAUUAUUUUGACAAAUAUUUUACACCAACCACCUUAAAAAAAAAAAAAAAAAACUACUUUUGGAAAAAAGAAAAAGUGAAAAAAGAGACUAGAAGUGUGUUUGGGCGUCCGUGUUUCUGUUGUGUUUGUGUCACGAGGGGAAUCGUUUUAAACAAAACUUUGAGGACUCGUUGGGGGUCGUUGAGCUGACCUCCGACCUAGGAGCUGACCUUUGACCUCAGUCCCCCUGUUUAUCUGGACAGCGCUGGAACUGAGAGACAAAAACAUGCAAACAAAGACAAAGACCAGCGACACAGCACCUGUCGGACACAAGGACGGUUUUAUAAAUAAAAUAAAUAUAUACAUCCAUAAAUAUAUAUAGAAAUAUAUAUAUAUAUAUAUAUAUAUAUAUAUAUAUAUAUAUAUAUAUCAACACAAUGGAGUCUAUUUUAUGAAGGGAGAGUUAAUAGGGGUGAGACGUUUCCCUGCCACGAGGGAGGCUGUCUGGAGAUGAGAGGCAAUGGUGGACCUUUGAACGCUGCCGAUCAGAGGCUCAAAGAUGGAGGAAAGUUACACCUGGAAGAGUACGUUUAUGGGAGGAUUAUUGUGUAAAUAAAGAUCAAAUCAUCGUGAAGCUGUGAGACAUAUAUAUAUAUAUAUAUAUAUGUAUGUGUAUAAGGUGAACCAUGAGGCAGGAACGCUAGCUGGGUUGUGAUCGGAUGAUCCAGAGGGUGUUCUGCUAUGGGGCGAGUGCCUUAGAGAGGGCAAACUAGCCACCACUUAAAGUGUAACCAAACGCACUCGUUUUGACCUAAAGACGCAACAUGUUAGCCCUUUAAGACUCCUGUGUGACACCAUAUUGAUGCUGCACAUCCGCUGAAAUGUUCGGAACAUAAAAAUUAUGUUUAGGAUACAAGUCGCGAAUCCUAACGGGAAUAUCUUUAUAAGCUAAUAAAGUAGCGUGCGUGUGUGCAAUGCUUGUUGCUUAUUUACAGAAGCACUAAUAUUUCUGUAGUACAUUCGAGCCAACAACAAUAUUCACCUGGAUAGUUUGGGUUUGCCCUAUGAAAAAAGCUCCUUAUUAAGGAAAAUAAAGUGAUUUUCAAAAAAAAAUUGCAAUCAAACUUUGGAAAUAGGACCAUGGCCUUUAAUUGACUUCGUUUUUUAGUUUGGUUACACUUUAAACGACUGGAGUGUUUUUAAAAAAAAAAAGGCUGCUAAACAAUUUGUAAGAAAAAUAAGAAUUUACAUGAUAUUGACUAUUGACUCGGAGGCGCUGGGAUUGGUUAUGAAUAUUUAAUCAUUGACCAAUUAAAUAUAAUUUACUUCACCAGAUGACUUAUGCAAAUUCCGACCACCAGAGAUAUUACAGGUAUAUUUAUUUAUACAGGGUUCGUCUGGGGGUUAAUUGGCGUUCUGUUUGAGUCCUGUCUGAAAAACAAGUCUGUUGAAUUAUAUUGAAGCCACUGGCCCCUUGAUUAUGUCCUCAGCUUACAGCGACACAAACACAUUAUAACGGUUCAUAACAUUGAAAAAAAAGAUAUUGAUGUACAUAUUCCAAUAUCAGCACACCAUUAGGCAUAAUCCAACUAUGGGUGAUGGACGCAAACAAGAACAGAAUCACCCUAAACUAAAAUAGAAUAAAAAUAAAUGAGUGAAAGUGUCGAAAGAAAUCCAAGUUCUGGGGCGAAUACAAAUGUGUGUAUUUUUGUAUGAGAUUUUCGUUGAGUAUAGAGCGUGUUUUCAGAUCGUCUGGUUGGCUGUACCCGGCAAUGAUUCAUCGGUUUGGAGUUUUUUUUCUGUCGUAUUCCCGUUCCUUCAGUACCUUCAGUCGAGAGGAACAGAACGUGUUCUCUUGAAGUGUUCAAGCGGAGACUGAUGCUGUGGUUUGGGGGAAGACAGGGGAAACCAUUGAAGGGCGAAUCCUUCCUGCUACCUUUCUGUUCGGUUCUUACGUCGGUCUGUCUUUGACGUUUUCUGCAGAUAGAGUCGGAAAGUUCUGAGUGUCUGUAAACAAAACACACGAAAAGGAAGCAUUUCCGUUGGGAUUUGGUUGAUUUUGGUGGGGGGGGGGGGAUUCAAACUUGGUCUUUGCACAACACUGCUUUUUCACACCUGAACUGUGAACAAAACCAAUAAAAAGAGGUGUAGAUAAAGUGUUGAAGGAAUAGCAUACUAGAACAAAACAUGUUUGAUUAUAUCCUCAAAACAAACGACUCGACGAAGACUACAACUAUUUUUUAUGAAAAUGCAACACUAUGGAUAUAUACACUUUUUUCAACAGAAAACAAAGGUUUACUUGUAUGGUAUUCUGAAAAGCUGUCAAAAUAAAAGAAAAUAUUGACACAA